ACACCAACAUAUGGAUUUUAUCUCCUAUCAGUGCCUUUAAAUUAUUGCUAUCAGUUAGAUUAGUAUCAGCAUUAUGGUCGAAUAUCUCAGACUGUGAUGAAACUUAUAAUUAUUGGGAACCUACUCAUUUUUUAUUGUAUAAUUAUGGCUUUGAAACCUGGGAAUACUCUCCUUCUUAUGCUCUCAGGUCCUAUUUAUAUUUGUGGAUUCAUAUGGCUCCUGUAAAGUUAUAUAAGUAUUUCCAAAAUAAUAAGAUUCUGAUAUUUUAUACAAUCCGUUGUUUCUUAUCUUUUUUUGGUGCAUAUUCAGAAUUAAAUUUUUAUAUUGGCUUGCUUAAAAGAUUUCAGUCAAAGAAACAUAUCCCCUCUAUGUAUCUUUGGAUUACAUUAUUUUCUGCUGGAAUGUUUAUAUCUAGUUCUGCCUAUUUGCCAUCCACAUUUGCUUUACAUUUAAUCACUUGCAGUUAUGGUUUAUUUUGGCAACAAGAUACUAUCAAAAAAUUUAAUCAAUCUCAGAGCCAUGAGUUAGGUGGUGAAAAAGAUUAUGUGAAAAAGGGACUAAUGCAAUAUAUAUCUUUAAAGAUGACAACUAUCAAAUAUUCAUUCGCAAUAUCUCUGAUGGCCAUGGCUGCCAUUAUUGGUUGGCCUUUUGCACUAAUUUUAGGAAUACCAAUGGCUUUUGAAAUGCUCAUAUUAAAUAGAACGUAUGCUCAAUUCAUUAAAUGGAGUUUGAUAUCAUUGUUUGGAACCUUGAUCCCUACCAUUAUUGUCGAUUCUUUUUAUUAUGGGAAAUUUGUAUUAGCACCAUUUAAUUUGGUCGUCUACAAUAUAUUCAGCAGUAAAGGACCCGAAUUAUAUGGGGUGGAGCCAUGGCAUUUCUAUUUCGUAAAUUUGUUCCUAAACUUCAAUCUUGCCUUCUUAGCUGCCCUUUUAACACUGCCAUUAUUACUCUUACUCAUCGUUGUUCAAUAUUUCGUUAAAAGUAAACCAUGCGAGGAAAAAAAACCGAAAAUUGAAAUAUCAAAACAUUUGCUCAUAUUGACGCCUUUUUAUUUAUGGGCCUUGGUUUUCUUCACUCAACCCCACAAGGAGGAACGGUUUAUAUUCCCAUGCUAUUCUUUCAUCAUUUUAAACGCCGCGUUAUUUUUCGACUAUUUUUCGGAAAUUAUCUCUUGGCUUACCACCGCAACCUCAAAAAGAGUUUAUUUCUACUCGGUGAUUAUAUUUUUUAGUCUUUUCCUGCCAUUAUCCUUGUCACGCUCUAUGGCUCUAGUCAAAAACUAUCAUUCAACCAUCGACAUAUAUGCCCAUAUAUAUUCGAGAAACGAAGAAUUAUUCGAAUACAGUUCCAAAAUUGAUAUCACGCAUUACUCUUCGCAUAUUAUUAAGCCACGCAUCGUGUGUACUGGUAAGGAUUGGUAUCGAUUUCCUAGUCAUUUCUUUUUACCUGAAAAUUGGACGUUACAUUUUUUGAAGUCCGAAUUUAGGGCUCAAUUACCAAAACAUUACAAUACUAGCGAUCGAUAUGCUACUCGGAAAAUUCCAGAAAAUAUUAAUGAUCUCAACAGGGAAGAACUAACUAGAUAUAUUGAAAUUAGCUACUGUGAGAUAUUAAUAGACAUGGAAAAUUCAAAAGAAACCUUCCUAGAGCCAAAAUAUAGCGCUAACACAUCGAAAUGGUAUAUCGAAUCCAGUUUUCCUUUCUUAGAUUCUGCGAGAUCACAUCCCUUUUUCAGAGCGUUUUAUUUGCCAUACAUUAGCCAUAAAUUUUUGGUUUACAACAAAUACAAUGUUUUAAUUGAUAAAGCUAAAAUGAAUCAAGUAUGAGAGAUAAAUAAAUUAUACCUUUCAAAAAUUGUGGGUAAUAUAA